AGUCAAUAUAAUAACCAGCAACAUCAGUGAUGUCUUUCUCCUUGUGAUUUUUUAACUGCAAAGCCCAUUUCUCUAGCUGCUCUCUAAAGUCACAAAUCUGUGUAGACUAUAGGACCACAUGCUCACUUCUUUGUCUGCCUAAAAAGUGGUUCACUCCUCUAAUGUCUCCAAACCAUCAAGCCUCUUCAUGCCCUUCAGCAUCUUCAAUACCAUCAUUCUAAGGCCAGCACUUCGACUUCCACAUCCUCUGGAGUAAUCUCCUCUGCAAUGGGGACACUCUGUAGGUAAGAAUUAGAGUGAGUGAAAGACAAAAACGCGCAUGUGUUAGCAAAGGUCCAGUGCACUUCAAUAUAGGGGGACUAUGCUUUAAUUCGUUUACUUAGGAAUGUAUUAUCUUUCUUUCAGACAAAAUAUGGUGUAAUUUGUCUUUUUGAAUAUGCUCAGCGCAUUAAUCUUGAAUAGCCCAUUGGGGGAGAGGCUAUUUUGCUCUGAAUUAAUGAGCAGAGUAGUUGAGACUAACAGCACAGCAUAUUGCUGCACUGGGUCUAGUUAUGGUUCAAGAGAAUCUACACAGAAACAUAGAAGAGAUGAGAGACUUUCACCACAGAAAGUAGUAAAAAAAUGGGGGGAAAUCACAGUAAUGGUGAACUUUUUCGAAUGAAUUAAAAUUAAUUUACAUUUAUUUACGCUACUUUCUCUUCCACCUCAUCGCGGAAAGAGAGAAUGCGAGCGAGAAUGCAAGUGCCAGAGACAGCGAAAAAGAUUUGCCAGCGUUUUCUUGUUCGAGGAGCGAAAACUGUCAUCAAGUACGCUAUGUAAGCUACUGAGGGGAGAUCCGCAUGCUGAGUGCGGUGAUUCAGUUUGAGCAAAGAGGUGACAAUCACACGUGAGACGCAGCAACAGCUGGAUUCAAGUGCGGACUGACAACGGUGGGAUACGGUCUCAGCAACCUAUGCGCCAAAUGUGUGAACGAUCGCGUUAUUACAUUGGCUAUUCAAAUUGUUUUCGUUGGAUUUCAGUUUAUUUAUACCAAUUCAUUUCUCAGUGUUUAAGGAAAAGAAGGCAGACUGAGUAGUUUCUGUCAUCACAACAAAAUAAAUUAUGGAAGUGACACACAACGCAGAGAGAACCGUUUGGAAUGGAUCCGAAGACAUUUUUUUAUCGGUUUAGCAUCUGUUGACUGGUGUAACACUCAACUUCAAAUGGAGCAGUUAUUCACAUCCUUUAUUUCGGAAUUGAUUAUUGCUUGUAUGACUUAGGACACCUGAGUCGAUGGAUUUAUGGUCAGUUCUGUGACAUGGAUUGCUGUCCCCAGAGCACCUGUUGUGCGUUUGUUUCUGUAUCAAUGGAGAAUAGUGUAGAAGCACAUCCUCAGUUAAAAGCUUCAGUGAUGGCUUAGCAACAAUGUCACAGCUGUACUACGGUCGAACAGACAACUCUUCAUACCAGGACCGCAUCCCUUUACGAAUCGUGAGGUCCGAGUCUGAACUCUCUCCACAGGAAAAGACCUACCUGACGGCAGUAGAGAAGGGAGACUAUGCCAGUGUGAAGCAGGCACUGGAGGAGGCUGAGAUCUACUUCAAGAUAAACAUCAACUGCAUCGAUCCGCUCGGACGCACAGCGCUGCUCAUCGGCAUCGAGAAUGAGAACUUGGAGAUCAUCGAACUUUUGCUCAGUUUUAGCGUUUAUAUCGGGGAUGCCUUGCUUCAUGCCAUCCGCAAGGAGGUGGUCGGCGCCGUGGAGCUCUUGCUCAAUCACAAGAAGCCCAGCGGGGGGAUGCAGGUGCCGCCCAUUUUGCUCGACAAGCAGUUCUCGGACUUCACCCCGGAUAUAACCCCCAUCAUCCUGGCCGCGCACACCAACAACUAUGAGAUCAUCAAGCUGCUGGUCCAGAAGGGGGUGUCGGUGCCGCAGCCGCACGAGGUGCGCUGCAACUGCGUGGAGUGCGUGUCCAGCUCGGACGUGGACAGCCUGCGGCACUCGCGCUCGCGCCUCAACAUCUACCGGGCCCUGUCCAGCCCCUCGCUCAUCGCCCUGUCCAGCGAGGACCCCUUCCUCACCGCGUUCCGCCUCAGCUGGGAGCUGCAGGAGCUCAGCAAGGUGGAGAACGAGUUCAAGUCGGAGUACGAGGAGCUGUCGCGCCAGUGCAAGCAGUUCGCCAAGGACCUGCUGGACCAGACGCGCAGCUCCCGCGAGCUGGAGAUGAUCCUCAACUACAGGGACGACGUGAACCCGCUGGAGGAGGACGCGAGCAACGACUUGGCGCGGCUGAAACUUGCCAUCAAGUACCACCAGAAGGAGUUUGUGGCCCAGCCCAACUGCCAGCAGCUCCUGGCGUCCCGCUGGUAUGACGAGUUCCCUGGUUGGAGGAAGCAACACUGGAUGGGGAAGUCGGUCACGUGCAUCUUCAUCGGCCUGCUCUUCCCCCUCUUCUCGCUGUGCUACAUGACCGUGCCCAAGAACACCUUUGGGCUUUUCAUCCGCAAGCCCUUCAUCAAGUUCAUCUGUCACACAGCGUCCUACCUCACCUUCCUCUUCCUCCUCCUCCUGGCCUCCCAGCACAUUGUCCAUUCCCAGGCAGAUAGGCAGGGCCCUAAACCCACCAUAGUGGAAUGGAUGAUCCUUCCCUGGGUCUUAGGUUUCAUCUGGGCAGAGAUUAAGCAGAUGUGGGAUGGCGGCUUUCAGGACUACAUCCAUGACUGGUGGAAUCUCAUGGAUUUUGUCAUGAACUCCCUUUAUCUGGCCACCAUCUCCCUGAAGAUCGUUGCAUUCACAAAGUAUGGUGGCGAGAAGCCAAGGAACGAGUGGGAGAUGUGGCACCCCACCCUGGUGGCCGAGGCCCUGUUCGCCAUCGCCAACAUCUUCAGCUCGCUGCGCCUCAUCUCCCUCUUCACGGCCAACGCACACCUGGGCCCGCUGCAGAUCUCGCUGGGCCGCAUGCUGCUGGACAUCCUCAAGUUCCUCUUCAUCUACUGCCUGGUGCUGCUGGCCUUCGCCAACGGCCUCAACCAGCUGUACUUCUACUACGAGACGCAGGCCAAAGACGAGAAAGACAACUGCAAGGGAAUCCGUUGUAAGGACCAGAAUAACGCUUUCUCCACGUUGUUUGAGACGCUGCAGUCCCUGUUCUGGUCGGUGUUCGGCCUGAUUAGCUUGUAUGUCACCAAUGUCAAGCCAGACCACGAGUUCACUGAGUUUGUCGGAGCGACCAUGUUUGGAACUUACAACAUCAUCUCUCUGGUGGUGCUUCUGAACAUGCUUAUUGCCAUGAUGAACAACUCCUACCAGCACAUUGCUGAUCAUGCUGACAUCGAGUGGAAAUUUGCCAGGACUAAGCUGUGGAUGAGCUACUUUGAAGAAGGGGGUACUCUACCUCCUCCUUUCAAUAUCAUCCCCAGCCCAAAGUCCCUCUGGUACCUCUUUAAGUGGACCAAGAAGCGCAUCUUCAGGAAGAAAAGAAUUGAAAGAACCGAGACUUUUGAAACGAUUGGGAGACGUGCUGCUGAGAACGUGCGAAUAAAUCACCAGUACCAGGAAGUUCUCAAAAAUUUAGUCAAGAGAUAUGUGGCUGCAAUGAUCAGAGAUGCGAAGACAGAGGAAGGACUGACAGAAGAAAAUUUUAAGGAACUAAAGCAGGACAUAUCCAGCUUCCGAUACGAGGUGCUAGGCAUGUUGAAAGGUGGCAAACCUGGCCUGCAGGCGGUCAAAGGGAGCGCUGGGUCCUCUAGCCUGCCGUUUCCUGACCACUCUCACAGGUGCUCUCAGCCACCAGCACCCUCUGGGCAGCUGAAGAGCAAACUCAACCUGUUCACCGCCGCUUCCAUGCUGCAGCAGGGAGGCGCCAAAGCAGCGACCCGGCCGCCUGAGCCCUUCGGCGGCCUGGCCAACGGCUCCGUCCCCGGCCUGGCCGCGGAGGGCCAGCAGGCCAACACAGAGGCUUCCUCCGACCGAGACCAGGGUGCGCUGCAGCUGCGCCAGCGAGGCGCGGGCCAGUCGCAGAUCUACUCCGUGUCCGAGGAGGUGGGGGAGUGGGACAGAGACGAGGCGAGGAGCGUGGAUGGAGACAGGGGCGCCGCCAUGGAAACCGCGGAGCCGUCCAGCGAAAGAAGGAUGAAUGAUGAAAGAAAAGACUCCCAGAAGGACGAAGAACAGACAGAGGGUAAAGAGGGUGCCAAGUAG